AUGGAAAAGAAGAGAAAAUUGGACAUCUGCAGUGCAUUUCUGAAUGAUCCAGGGUCAAGUGAUCUCCUUUGGGAUGUUUUGCUGGGUGUUGUGAUGACAGAUACUGGAGGUUAUGAAGUGGAUCAGUUUGUGGAGACCCCAGAUGAUGAUCUGAUUUGUGUCAUCUGUAGAGCUGUUCUACGCUGCCCUGUACGACUCAAAUGCAACCAUGUCUUCUGCAAGGAAUGCAUUUUACAGUGGAUGAAAAGACAGGUGAAAUGCCCUUGCUGUAGGCAGCCUAUCGACCAAAACCAAAUGGUGGUUUUGUUUAAGCUGAGUAAAUCCAUUGGCCGUUUAUCAAUCAAGUGUCGAAAUGCACAGCAGGGCUGCAGAGCCACUUUCCCGCUUUCUAAUGAGUACCUCCACAUCUCCAACUGUCUGUAUGAGUGGCAGCUCUGUCCUCAUGAGGGCUGUGGGCAGCAGGUGCUGAGGAAGGACGCGCAGGCGCACGAUCAGAGCUGCAGCCACUGGCGACAGCUGUGUCCCAUGGGAUGCGGCACGCUUCUUGUCCGUGAGAACCAGGCCCAACAUAACUGCUACAGAGAGCUACAGCAGCGCUACGUAGCCGAGCGGAGGAAGCAGAGGGCCAUCGCAGCCAACCUACGCAGGAAGAUGCAGCGCAUGCAGAGCCGGAUGGCCCAAAUAAGAAGGCAGAUAAAUCUGUUGUGCGAGAGCCUGGAGGUCGGAGAUCUGGAAAUUGAAGCAGGGGAGGGAACCAGCGCUUGGACAGAUGCUAACGCCGCCAGUCCGAGCAGCAGCAGACGCCAUCACACUAACAGUUCAAGAGUCAGAUAAUGUAAAUAUCCUUCAGGAUUCAAAGAAAGCAUUCGAGAUAGUUUUUUAUGUGUGCAAGUUUUAUUAAAUGUGUCCUUUAUGGGG